GAAUCCUCCAACUGAGCGAGUACUGGUAUCCCAGCAGCGCAAAGUUUAAAAAUAUAUACAUAAUGAAAGUGUUUGUUGUGGUCUCAUCGCUGUUGGCCGUUGCCGCUGCUGCCCCGCACUUGCUGACCCCGCAGGUGUACGCUGCCAUUCCGGCCACGACCAUUAUUACGGCCCCAGCGGAAUUGACUAGUCAAUUCCACGCACAGGAUGAACUCGGCCAAUACUCAUAUGGAUAUAACGGAGGACUCUCGGCGAAGACGGAAGCCAAGUCUCUGGAUGGUGUAACUCGUGGUUCGUACAGCUAUGUAGAUCCUGAAAACAAGGUCCAGACUGUUACCUACACUGCGGAUUCUGCCAACGGAUUCCGUGCCGAAGCUAGUAACAUGCCAGUGGCACCAGUUGAAACCAGAAUUGCCCCGGAACCUGUUCAAGAUACCCCUGAAGUUUCCCAAGCUAAAGCAGAACAUUUGGCUGCCGUUGAGGAAACUAAACUGCGCAAUGCUGCUGCCGACAAGGCCGAUGAAGAGGAGAAGUCUUCCGUUGUUGUGGACAGCGUACCCACUGCCGCCAUCGCUCCAGUCACUUCAUAUACUGCUGCUGCCCCAGCCAUUGCUUUGACCCCAGCAUCACGUUUCGCUUAUUCCACCUCUUCUCUGGCAUUGAAGAAUAAACCACUUGCCAUUACUACCUACGCUGCUCCAGCUCCAUUGGCUGCCGUCGAGAUCAGAAAUCCAGCAUAUUUCUCCUACUCGACUUACACUCACGCUGCCCCAGCUGCCAUUCAAUACAGUGCUGCUCCAGCCUUGCAACUCCAAUCGCUUCCAGUGAGCGCAUACUCCCUGAACGUUCAGGCUCCUGGUUACGCCUAUUCUUACAAUACCCCAGCUUUCAUCACCACACCCCACGUUGCUCCAACCGUUAUCGAUGCUCGUUCCGCCGCUCCUCUGCCGGAGCCAGUUCCAGACACUCCAGAGGUUGCCAAAGCCAAGGCCGAGCACCUGCAAAUCGUCGCCGAAACCAAGGCUAGGGAUGAACAGUAAUGGUCUUAUGAACCUAACCAAUCCCAAUCACCAAUACGCUGAUCAUCAACAUAAUCUAGCUCAUCGGAAAAACUACCUUUCAAUUUUGUAAAAAUGUGUAAUUAAAAAAAUGCAGUCCCAUAGAGAGUACGCGUGUAAAUUAGUUAAACGUCUCAGUAUUGCGCUUAAUGAAAAACUAAAUAAAAAAAGGAGAAAUAUGUAAGAAUUUA